AGGAGCAGGUAACAUGUGCAGCACUGAAAGACAAAUUUCCCUACGGGGACAAUAAAGUAUAUCGUAUCGUAUCAUAUAUCGUACAGUACUUUUAGAGAUUCAAUUGACGUUUUCUGCAGCCAAAAUGUAGCCGGACAUUUUCUUUGUACUGUUUGAGCGGAGAAGAAUUGAGUCUGAUGCAGAGUGGACCUCAUAGCCUCAGCGUGUGCUCACUGGCAAGGCUCUCUCAGGUCAGCGCGUACCUUUUGAUAAAGUCUUUCUAGGACAAGGUGUGGCUUCAGCAACUCUGCAGGAUUGUUUGCUCCAUAAAUCUGGCAUGCUGUGCAUUCAGACACUACAUUUGUGAUCUCUCGGUUGAUCUGCGGCCAGUACAUCAUCUCACAUAUCAUUCCAUUGAAACAAUGUAUAGCCUUCUUCCACUGUGGCCUUAGGGUAGGGUGUGGAGCUAGCAUAACUCCAAAACAUACCCCAGCCUGCCUGGCUACUUCACAAACGAAGAUGAAGCCUGUAAUAUUGAUGAUAUUUUAAGCAUGAUACGUGAGGUAAAAGCUGAGGUGAAAAAAAAUGAUCAAAUGAGUUCCUCUACACUUGAAGAUGAGACACCCAUGCCUCCACUCAACAGAAGUGUUUAUAAGAAGCUUCCUGUUUGGGAUUUUGAAGAUGUUUAUACCCAGGAUGCUCCACCCAAACAUAUGACUUGUGCCCGGUCUCUACGAAACAACAAGGAUGAUUGGUUCAAGGAGGCUUUCCUUCCCAACAUAAGACUGUUUAUGCAUAAAGACAAUAUCAACAUGAGCGAGUGGAACCGCCUCUCACAUUUCACCAGUCCUUUUGGUUUUAUGGGUCUCCAGUAUAACGAUGUGAUGGAAGCGGUGAAGUUAAUUCCAAUUCCAAAAGAGCCGCUAAUUGUUCCAAAGCCAGGCAGUGAUGGAUGUGUGAGCUGUGCUGUGGUGGGCUUAGGGGGGAUCCUAAAUGGCUCUAAAAUGGGGAAAGAGAUCGACGCUCAUGAUUAUGUUUUCCGGAUGAAUGGUGCACUCAUUAAAGGUCACGAGGAAGAUGUUGGAACCAGAACAUCUGUGUAUGUUCAUACAGCCCACUCCAUCACUUCAUCGAGGGGUUCCCUCAAGAAGUAUGGAUACACAUCUAUCCCUGAUGAUAAGGGAAUAAAACAUGUGAUGUUUGCUGAGGGGAUCAGGGAUUAUCAAUGGAUGACUGGUCUCUUAAAAAAAGAACGGGUUGCUGCUGGCCAAUAUCGCAAUUCACGGCCGUGGACUUACUACAAUGAUCAUUUUGAUGAGAGACGUUUUUAUGUUCUGCACCCGGACUUCCUCAGAUACAUACGAAACAGGUUCUUGAGGUCUCAACACCUGAAUGGUAGAUUCUGGGCGAUAGUGAGACCAACCAAUGGAGCAUUUACCAUCUUCACGGCUCUGCAUGUUUGUGACAUCGUGUCGGCCUAUGGAUUUAUGACAGAAGAUUACAGAAAUUACAACAACUACUAUUAUGACACCGACAAAACCCAUGUUAUUUUCUUUAUCAACCAUGACUAUAACUUGGAGAGGGAUACAUGGAAAAAACUGCACAACACCAAAGUUAUGAAGCUAUACCAAAAAACAGGGACAGGGGAGCAAAAGAAACCCUGAUACUUUGAAAGAAAGCGACGAGGACUAUAGCCUCUGUAUGUGGGGUGCUUAGUCCGCUAGGCCACCAGCGCCCCUGGUUAUUUUAUUAUUAUUAGGGGCUUGAACUGGUCUAUACCAGUUUUCUGUCUGAUGGGGAGUGGUAAACAUGUUAUGUGUUAAACUUAUCUGGGGAACAAAUCGAGAAGUCACUAAAAGGUAUAUGUUAUAUAAAAGUUCUCAAAACUUGAGGUCUAGGAGCACCUGACCUCAGUAUUUUGUUUAAGAUUCCUUUUAUUAAAAGGGUUUUUAGUGCGUUAGGUCCCAAAGCAGAGUGGACGGGUGGUGAAACACAAUUGUGUAAAUUAAAAGUUAAGGCUAGAAAGAACACUCCUUAUUCUAAUUUACUUUUUGGAGAUUGUGUAACUAAAUAUAAUAGUUUAAAAACAAAUUGGUGUAGUUCUGUCACAAAAGAAAUGUAUACUAUUUUAUAUGAUAAUUUUAAAGCUUACUAAAUGUCAUUAAUUCUUUUGCUUGUCAGAGCCCCUGUGGUAAGAGCUUUUUAGACUCUGAUCCGGACUACAGUC